GAAAAAUGCCGGGAGCACCCCGUUUUACCCAAAAACCGUCAAUUCAACAGACGGCUUCUGGAGAUUUAUUAAUGGAAUGCCUUUUAGAGGCAGACCCUCCACCCGAUGUUAAAUGGCAACAUGCUGGUACAGCAAUAAAUGCUUCUAAUAGAGUUAAACUAACUUUGAAUAAAGUUAGUGGAAAUCUGUACAAGGCUAAUUUAGUCAUAAAAGAGCCUAGCGCUUCGGACGGUGGCGCUUAUAAGUGUACAGCAAGCAAUCAAUUUGGCGAAUCAAAUGCCAAUAUUAAUUUAAAUUUUGCUGGCGGAGAAGAGCCUGGAUCGGCAGAAAAGACAGCUAGAGGACCUACUUUUGUUGGAAAGCCUAGAAUCAUGCCCAGGGACGGGGGCGCUUUGAUUCUAAUGGAAUGUAAAGUGAAAAGUUUAACAAGGCCCCAGGCGAAGUGGAGCAAGGACGGUGUUCCUCUUCAAAUGGGUGGCUUGUAUCAAGAUGUUUUUGCUGAUUUGGGUGAUGGAACUUUUCUUUGCCAAUUAGAAAUUCGAAGGCCAACAGCUAACGAUGCUGGACAGUAUCGUUGUAAUAUCAAAAAUGACCAAGGAGAAACUAAUGCUAACCUAAAAUUGGAUUUUCAACAAGAAGAAGCCCCUUCAGACUCUGGUUCUCGUCGCUCAAAAACUCCAUCUCGUCCAGGCACCCCUUCUUCCAAAAAACAUAGAGAAGGAACUCCUGGUGAAAAAAGAGAGCGAAGACAUAAAUCGAAAUCUAGAGAAGGAUCGCCAAAAAAACAUAUUCGUUCAAGAACAGCUACACCAACACAAGAAGCUGAAGGGGGGUUAAAACCCCCUGGGGCAGAUACUAGUCGAGAACCUACACCGAAGAAAAGUCGUAAAGCGUUGGAAAGUGCUGAUAAAGACGGUCUUCCACCAGCACCUAAAGAACGAACUAGAAGAAGCCGUAGCCGAAGCAAGACACCUGCUCGCCAAGGACCGGAAGGACAUAAACGUGCACCUGUUGUUGUUGAACCGCUCAAAUCACAGAUUGCUCAUACUAAUGAAUCAGUUAAAUUGGAAUGCGAAUUGCAAUGCCAUACUUCAACAAAAAUUAGUUGGACAAAAGACGGCAAAAAAAUUGUCAGUACAUCAACUAGCGGAUAUUCAGCUACUUUUGAUGGAAAAAUAGCUAAAUUGGAAAUAAAUCGAAUGACUGAAGAAAAAAGUGGAUUAUAUAAAUGUAUAGCAAUUAGUGAUUAUGGAGAGACACAAAGUUCGGCAAUGAUUAAAUGGGAAAACUCUGAGGAGGAAAAAAAGAAGAUGGAUUUGGAUAUUCAAGAAAAAACACAAAAACGUCGAAAAUCAAAAUCUCCAAAACCCCAAGGAGAUGAAGACCAAAUUGUGCCUGAAAAGAGAGUUCAAAUACAUAGUCCCUCUCCAUCAGUUGAUGGUUCAACAACUAAUGAACGUCGAGUGCCAACAGAAGUGGUAGUAACAGGAGAAGAUGGAAUUCCCUCGUCUGGACUUAAAAUUCCUCCAGAACGACGGAAGGAAUUAAUUCGAAUGAGUGGAGGUGCUGGAGGGGAAGAAUCUGAUGAAGAUAUAACAGAAUCUAUUUCUGAACAACCACAAAAGAAGGAUUCAAAAAAACCUUCUGUAACAAUUAAUGAACCUCCUCAAAAGUCAAAAGGCGAGAAGGAAAAGUCAAAAUCAAAAUCUCCAACUCCAACGCCUGUUUCUGAUGAGAAAAGACGUUCAAGUGCACUUAGACAAUUGGAAGGAUUACAAGUUGGCAAAAAACGGGAGCAACAUGAAUUUCAAGGAAUACAAUUAAAAAGAACACCAAAAACUAAAAAGGAUGAUAAGAAGGAAGAAUUGGAAAGGCCUGAUUUGAAAAAACUUGAAAAAGCUUCGGAGAAAAGAGUUUCAGUUCCGGAAGAGGAAGUAGAUCCAAUUAGAAGAGAUUCUUUACAUCCUGAAUGGAAUGCUAGGGAAGCUACUGAAUUGGAAGAAUAUCAAAAAAGAGCGAGCAUGAGGAGGAGAAGCAGCGUUGAUAUGCGAAGGGAGUCUGUUUCUGAUGUUCUUGAAAGACCUCCGGUACCUUUGAAAGAAAUUGGAAAGAGUGGAACUCCAGCACGCAUUGUGGAGAUUCCAGAGAAUGUUACUGUUGUUGAAAAUGAAGUUGCCAUCUUUAAAUGUAUUGUAGAGGGAAAUCCAGCCCCCACAUUUGUUUGGAAAAAAGCUGGUAGAGAUGUACCGUUAACUGGACGAGUUCGUUGUACAACAGAUGGGGAAACUGGAUCAGUCUCUUUAAUUAUUGGGAAAUGUAGACAUCAAGACGAAGACGAUUAUUCCUUGGAAGUUAAAAACACUCAUGGAUCUGAUUCUGCUUCAGCUAAAUUAUUAGUUACAUCUGGAGUUGAAUCUAAUCUUGACUUUAGAGCAACACUUAAAAAAAGAGAAACAAGUAUUUCAGAAAAACAAAAACAAGACAGUCAAGAUUUUUCUAGAAGUGAAGCUGACAGGCGAGCUUCAAUAUUCACUGGAAAACGUGAAGAACGUUGGGUAGAACCAUUACCAGAAAAAGCACAAUUUCAACAAAAAGUUAAUAAAAUAGCUCAAUUAAAAUGUGUUUAUUCACGUCCAAAUGCCAAAGUUAGAUGGAUGAAGGAUAGAAAAGAAAUAUUUUCUGGAGGACUUAAAUAUAAAAUUUUAAUUGAUAAACAAGCAAUUACUUUGGUUAUUAACAAUCCAGACCCUGAUGAUAGCGGAAAAUAUACUUGUGAGGCAAAUGGUGUUCCAACACAUUCUAUGGUCACUGUUGAAGAGCCUCCAAUGAAAUAUAAUUUUUUGACUCCAUUACCAAAUACAUUGGAAAUUUAUAGAACAAAACAAGGCAUUUUAACCUGUAAACUUAACAGUGCCCGUGCCCCUCUUGUUUGGCAUAGAGGUGGAAAGCCUAUUGAUCCAAAUGAUCCUCGAUAUAUCCUUGAAAAAGACACAACAGGCCGUUUUACUUUAACAAUUCGUGUUGUUGAACAAGUAGAUCAGGCUGAAUGGACUGCUUAUGUUAGUAAAGAUGUUCUUUCUAAAUGUGCUGUUUAUGUAGAAGAACCUCGUGAUACUUUUGUUGUUCCUUUAAAAUCCCAAAGGGCCAAUGAAAGAGAAAAUGCAACAUUUGAAUGUGAUACUAAUGAUAAGGAUAUUGAAGUUGAAUGGUUUCAUGAUGGAAUAAAAAUUAAAAUGGAUGGUGUUCACUUUAAGGAGGAAAAAGUUGGUCGAAAACGCCGCCUUAUAAUAACAGGAGUUAAAAUAGAAGAUCACGGUGAAUAUAAAUGUACAACAAAAGAUGACAAAACAAUGGCUCAAUUAAUUGUUGAUCCUUUAAAUAAAUUUAUUGUAAAAUUAGAAGACAAAGAAGUUUUUGAAAAGGAAGAUGUUAAUUUAAAAUGUGAGACAAAAGAUACUAGGACACCUGGACAAUGGUUUAGAUAUGGAAAGGCAAUUAGUUCAAUGCCUGGAUCUAAAUUUGAAUUUCAAUCGAGAAGUGGUGUUCACACAAUGAAAAUUAGUAAAAUUGAAAUGAAUGAAGCUGAUCGUUACGAGAUUGACGUAGCUGGCCUUAAAGGCUCUUGCAAAGUUACAGUUUUAGAAGCUGAACGAAAGCCAGUAAUUAAUUGGAAACCUCAAAAAAUUGAAUGUGAAGCUGGGAAAGAGAAAAAAAUAAAAGUGCCCUUUCAAGUAAAAGGCACAAGGAGAGGAGAUCCAAAGCCAAUACUUUUAAAGAAUGGAAAGCCUGUAGAUUUGGAUAAAAUGAAAGAUUUGAUUGAGGUUGUAAUUAAUGGAGAUGUAGCUGAAAUUAUCUUCAAAAACCCUCAAAAAGGUGACACUGGAAAAUGGGCAUUAAAACUUGAAAAUACUGCUGGGGAAUCUGCUCUAGCUCCAUUUGAUUUAUUUGUCAGAGACAAACCUAAAGUGCCUAAAGGACCUUUAGAAACGACUGAUGUUACUGCAGAAAGUUGUAAGUUAAAAUGGAAACCGGCUGAUCCAGAUGAAGCAGCACCAACACGGGGAUAUAUUGUUGAAAUGCAAGAUGGGCGUGGAGGCCCUUGGAAGAAAAUUGGAGAAACUAAAGGAACUGAAUUUCCUGUCAAUGGAUUGAAAGAACAUGGAGAAUAUAAAUUUAGAAUUAAAGCAUUUAAUGAAAUUGGAGAAUCUGAUCCGUUAGUUGGAGAGACAAUACUUGCAAAAAAUCCUUAUACGGUUCCCGGUAAACCUCGAAAUAUGCAAGCAGCCGAUAUCGAUGCCAACUCUCUAACUCUUCAAUGGGAUCCACCAGAAUCUGAUGGAGGUGCUCCAAUUGAAUCUUACAUUAUUGAACGUCGUGAUAAAUCUGACAAGGAUUGGGCUAAACUUGAUGAAAUUCCAGCUCAGGGAGCAGGAAAACAUCAAAUGGUUGAUGACAAAGUAGUUGAGGGCAAAGAAUAUUAUUAUCGCGUUCGUGCUGUUAAUAAAGCUGGGCCAGGCGAUCCUUGUGAUCAUGGAAAGCCUUUCAAGAUUGCCGCAAAACCAGCAUCUCCUGAAUUCACAUCUGGAGGCAUUCAAGACCAACGCCUCCAUGUUGGUGAAACAAUUAAAUAUGAAGUCGGAAUUUCUGGAGCUCCAUUACCCGAAGUGAGCUGGACAGUUAAUGGAAAGCCUUUGAAGGCUGGUGGACGCGUCAAAAUCAGCACAGAAAAGGGCAAAACUGUUCUUAAAAUCGAAGACGCACAACGCUCAGAUUCUGGGAAAUUUUGUAUAAAAUUAAAAAAUAAAAGUGGAGAAGCACAAUCUGAAGCUAAUGUUACUGUUGUUGGAAGGCCAGAUCCUCCACAAGGACCUUUAGAAGUUAGCGAUAUUUGCAAAGAUGGGGCUACUUUGGAAUGGAAACCACCUUUAGAUGAUGGUGGUGAACCUUUGACUGGUUAUAUAGACGUAGACGGUGGCAGCAAAUUCGUACCAGUCGGCAAAUGCGGCCCUGGCGAAACUAAGCUAAAAGUUAAAGGACUCAAAGACAAAGGAAAUUACAAAUUCCGUGUGAAGGCAGUAAAUAAAGAAGGAGAAUCAGAGCCAUUAGGAACAGACAAGCAUUAUCAAAUUAAAGACCCUUGGGAAGAACCUGGAAAGCCCGGAAGACCUCAAGUCACAGAUGUCGAUACUGACAAAGUAUCUCUUAAAUGGGAUCCUCCAAUGAAAGAUGGGGGUGCUCCAAUAGAGAAAUAUGUUGUGGAAAUGAGAGAUCCAAAAAGUAAAGAUUGGGUUGAAGUAGCAACUUCUGAAAAGCCUGAAGCAACAGUUAAAGGACUUGAAACUGGAAAAGAAUAUCAAUUUAGAGUGAAGGCUGUUAAUAAAGCUGGACCUGGGCAGCCUAGCGAGCCUUGUGAAAAAGUUUUGGUGCAACCUAAAUUUGUUCCUGCUUGGCUUGACCAUGAUGGAAUGAAGAAUUUGGUAGUUCGUGCGGGUCAGACAGCUAAAUGGACUGUUAAGUUCAAUGGAAAACCUGCCCCAGAUGUUUUUUGGUCUAAAAAUGGGCAACCAAUAACUGAUCAAAGCGGUGCUAUCCAAAUUGAUGUUAAAAAGAAUGAUCACACAAUUCUUUGCAUUCCCGCAGCAGUUCGUGCCGAUAGAGGAAGAUAUGCAUUAAAAGUAAAAAAUAAAACUGGAGAAGAUUCGGCUGAGGCUGAUUUAACUGUUUUGGACAAACCCGGAAAGCCUAGAGGGCCAUUAGAAGUGAGUAAUGUGACAGAAGAAGGAUGUAGUUUGGAAUGGAAGCCUCCAGAGGAUGGUGAGUAUGGAGGAGAGCCUAUAGAAUAUUAUGAGGUCGAGAAACUAGAUGCUGAUACCGGCCGUUGGACUCCCUGUGCAAAAGUUAAAGAUUGCAAGGCAGAUGUAAAGGGUCUUCAAAAGGGAAAACAAUAUCAAUUUAGAGUAAAAGCAGUAAAUAAAGAAGGGCAAUCAGAACCUCUAGUUGGUGAUCAGUCAAUAAUAGCCAAAAAUCCUUAUGAUAUCCCAGGAAAAUGUGGAGCCCCAGAUAUUGUUGAUUGGGACGAGAAAAGUGCUCAAUUAGCGUGGGAUCCACCAACUCACGAUGGAGGCGCUCCAAUUGAAGAUUAUAUUGUUGAGAAAAAGAGUAAACAUGAUAGAGAUUGGAAGGAAUGUGCAAAAGUUGGUGGACCAACACCAAGUGCAACAAUUAAAGGGCUUAAAGAAGGUGAAGAAUACGAGUUUAGAGUUCGUGCUGUGAAUAAAGCUGGGCCGGGUCAACCGUCAGAUCCAAGUCGAAGACUUUUAGUCAAACCAAGACAUCAAGCUCCGAGAAUCGACAGAUCUGCAAUGAAAGCAAUUACAAUUAAAGUUGGCCAGUCUCUAGAUUUUAAUGUUCCCGUUACUGGAGAACCUCCACCUGAAAAAACCUGGACAAUAAAUGGAAAACCAAUAGAUGAUGAUUCAAAAAUACGCGUUACAAAUGAAGAAUACAAGACAAAUUUAGCAUUAAGAAAUGCAACUCGUGAUCAUGCAGGGACUUAUUUACUUGUUGCGACAAAUGAGAAUGGGACAGACCAAUAUGGAGUAGAGGUCACAGUUCUUGGUCGUCCAUCCGCCCCUGAAGGCCCAUUAGAGGUAAAAGAUGUAUUCGAGGAUCGUGCCACACUUUCAUGGAAGGCACCUCUUGAUGAUGGUGGAAUGCCUAUUGAUCAUUAUGAAGUAGAAAAAAUGGAUUUAGCUACUGGUCGAUGGGUGCCUUGCGGUCGAUGUACAGAACCGGAAAUAACCGUAGAGAAUCUUCAACCGGGGCAUCAAUAUCAAUUUAGAGUACGGGCUGUAAAUAAGGAAGGUGAAUCUGAUCCGUUGGUCACUACGGAUCCAACAUUGGCUAAAAACCCCUUCGAUACCCCUGGAAAAAUGGAAAAGCCAGAAGUGACCGAUUGGGAUGCUGAUCACGUUGAUCUUGCUUGGAAACCUCCAACUAAUGAUGGUGGUGCACCUGUCGAGGAAUACUUAAUUGAGAAGAAAGAUGGAACUACUGGCAAAUGGACUGAAGCUUUGAAAGUUCCUUCUGACCAAUUAACUGCCACAGUUCCUGGUCUUCGUCCUGGAGAAGAAUAUCAAUUCAGAAUAACUGCACGCAACAAGGGAGGCCUUGGAGAGCCUUCUGACCCAACAGAUACAGUCAUAGCAAAGGCAAGAAAUCUUGCACCAAGAAUUCACCGAGAAGAUCUAAGCGAUACUGUUUUACGUUCUGGACAAGAUGUUAAAUUUAAUGUUCAUAUUGAUGGAGAGCCUCCACCUACAGUUACUUGGACAUUUGAGGGAAAACCUCUUCCUGAAUGUGCAAAUGUUCAAGACCAAGAUUAUCUGAGUAAAUUUGCUUUGGUUAAGCCAACAAGAGCACAAAGCGGAAAAUAUACAAUAACAGCAACAAACCCAAACGGAACAGACUCUGUUACUGUCCAAAUUGAUGUUAAAGGACGACCAUCUAAACCUAAAGGUCCUCUGGAAGUUAGUGAUGUUUUUGAAAAUAAAAUGACUUUGGAUUGGAAACCACCUGAAGACGAUGGUGGAGAGCCUAUUUCUCAUUAUGAGGUUGAGAGACAAGAUUCUCGGGAUGGCAUUUGGGUGCCAUGUGGGACAACAGCAGAACCUCAUAUGAUUGUGGAUGGACUUUCUAAGGGUUCCAACUACAAAUUUCGUGUUAAGGCGGUUAAUGCUGAAGGGAAAUCUGACCCAUUAGAAACAGAAAAAGCAACACAAGCCAAAAACCCUUAUGAACACCCUGAUAAACCUAAUGCACCUGAACUUGUUGAUUGGGACGCAGAUCAUGUUGAUCUUAAGUGGGAACCACCAGCUAAUGAUGGUGGUGCUCCAAUUGAACAAUAUAUUGUGGAAAAACGUUCAAAGUAUGGUCGUUGGGAACCAGCACUUACAACAGAUGGACAAACAAAUGCAGGGACAGUUGAUGGAUUAACCAAAGGAGAAGAAUAUGAAUUUAGAGUUACUGCUGUAAAUAAAGGAGGACCUAGUGAGCCUUCAGAUCCUACACGGCCUGUUGUGGCUAAACCAAGAAAUGUUCCUCCAAAAAUUGGCGAACUUAAACCCCUUCGUCUUCAUGCUGGCCAAAUGAUCAAUUUUGACGUUCCAGUAGAAGGAGAACCUCUUCCAAAAGUCAGCUGGUUCGGCCCAGAUGGCUCAGAACUUCAUGCUGGUCCAAAAAUGAGAGUAGAGCAUGAUGAAGAAUCUGGAAGGGCAAAACUUCAAAUUAAAGGAACUGAUCGAAGUCAUAGCGGGGAAUAUAGAAUUAGAGCUGUUAACGAUAAUGGAGAAGCUGAAGAGCGUGUUAGAGUGGAUGUUAUUGACAAGCCGUCAGCUCCUGAAGGCCCACUUAAUGUAACAGACAUACAUGCAGAUAAUUGUACUUUGGAUUGGAAACCCCCUCUAGACGAUGGUGGUUCUCCAAUAGAAUGUUAUCAAAUCGAAAAAAUGGAUCCAAGUACUGGUCGUUGGGUUAAAGCAGGCAAAACAACUGGACCAGACUGUUCAUUUAAAGUGGAUGGAUUGACACCUGGACAUGAUUAUAAAUUCCGUGUUUCGGCGAUUAAUGCUGAAGGAGAAUCCGAGCCACUUGAAACAGAUCAUAAGAUAACUGCUAAAGAACCUUUCGAUGCACCUGGAAAGCCUGGAAAACCAGAACUUGUUGACUGGGACAAGGAACAUGUUGAAUUAAAAUGGGAACCUCCUACUGAAGAUGGUGGUGCACCAAUAGAAGAAUAUGUUGUGGAAAUGCGUGAUAAAUUUUCUCCUCAAUGGAAGCCGGUUAAAACCGUGCCAGCCAGUGCAGCUCCCCAAGCUUCUGUAGAUGGAUUACAAGAAGGAGAGGAAUACGAGUUUAGAGUGGUGGCUAAAAACAAAGCAGGGAAAGGACAACCUAGUGAUCCCUCAGAUGCUGUUAUUGCUAAAGACAGAAAUGUUCCGCCAAAAAUUGACCGUAAUUCAAUUCAUGAAAUUCGUGUUCGUGCUGGUCAACCCUUCCAGCUUGAUAUCCCAAUUUCUGGAGAGCCACCACCUGAAAUUACUUGGGAUUUUCAGGGAAAACCUUUAGUUUCUGAUGACAGAAUGAAAAUUGUUUGCAAUGAAAAAGGAACUAAAUUUACUGUAAAACGAUCUCUCCGUUCUGAUACCGGCAUUUUUAAUAUUACUGCCGUAAACGACAGUGGGACUGAUAAAGCUGAAGUACAUGUUACUAACCCAAUAAUUCUAUUCAAUAACUUUUUUUUAUAUUUCAGGCCUGGUGAACCUCGCGGCCCUCUUAAUAUUUCAAAUGUAAACAAAAAUGGUUGUACACUUGAUUGGAAACCACCAGCAGAUGAUGGUGGUGCUGGAAUUUCACAUUAUGUAGUUGAAAAGCUUGAUUUGGCUACUGGACGUUGGGUGCCCGCUGCUGAAUGUACCGAUUGUAAAUGUGAAUUGGAUGAUUUAACACCUGGCCACGAAUAUCGUUUUCGAGUUAAAGCGGUGAAUAAAUAUGGAGAAUCAGAUCCAUUAGAAGCACAAAAGUCAGUUGUUGCAAAAGACCCAUUCGAUACUGCGGACAGGCCUGGAACUCCGGAUAUUGUUGAUUGGGACAAAAACUGGGCUGAUUUGAAAUGGACACCUCCAACAGAUGAUGGAGGGGCACCUUUGGAAAAAUAUGUUGUUGAAAAAAGAAUGGGAACUGGUGAUUGGGAAUAUGCAACAGAAGUCCCUGCAUCCCAAACAGAUGCUCGUGUUGAAGGUUUACAAGAAGGAAAGCAAUACCAAUUUCGUGUAAAGGCUGUCAAUAAAGCUGGAGCUUCUGCACCUUCUGAUCCUAGUCGAUUAUUAAUAGCAAAAGCUCGCCGUCUCCCACCAAAAAUUGAUCGAUCUGCUAUGCCAGAACUCCGCAUACGUCGUGGAGAGACUGUCGAAUUUAAUGUUCCAGUGGAGGGAGAACCAAACCCAAAAUGUCAAUGGUCGAUUAACGGCACCCCUCUAGCUACUUCUGAUCGUACUAAAGUGGACAAUACAAACGAUAAUAAUACUAAACUUAAAACUUUGGAUGCUGAAAGAAUGGAUAGUGGUGUUUAUAAAUUAAUUGCAACAAAUGAACAUGGGCAAGAUGAGGCUGAAGUUCUUGUUACUGUUUUGGAUGUUCCUAGUCCUCCGGGAGGGCCUCUUGAAGCUAGAGAAGUAACUAAAGACAGUGCUACACUCAAAUGGUUCAGCCCAGAAGAUGAUGGAGGAUCUCCUGUAACCCAUUACAUUGUGGAAAAACAAGAACCUAAUGGUCGUUGGAUUCCUUGUGGAGAAAGCCCUGAUACUACUCUGAGAGUGAAUCGUCUUGUUGAAGGAAAGGAAUACAAAUUCAGGGUUAAAGCAGUUAAUCGGCAGGGAGAAUCAAAGCCUUUGACUGGCGAUCAAAGCAUAAUAGCUAAAAAUCCAUGGGAAAAGCCUGGAAAACCUCAAGAUGUUAAAGUUGUUGAUUGGGAUAAAGAUCAUAUGGAUUUGGAAUGGAAGCCACCAAUUACUGAUGGUGGCGCACCAAUUGAAGGUUAUGUGAUUGAAAAAAAGCCAAAGAAUGGGUUAUGGACACCUUGCGGUCAAGUACCUGGAAAUCAAUGCAAAGGCACAGCCGAUGGAUUAAUUCCUGGCGAAGAAUAUCAAUUCAGAAUCAAAGCCAUAAAUAAAGCUGGAGAAGGUGAACCUUCUGAUCCAACAGAUCCAAAAAUUGCAAAACCAAGAAAGCUUGCUCCAAAAUUAAAUUUGAAUACUUUAAUGGAUAUUAGAGUCCGUGCUGGCCAACCAGUCAACAUUAGUGCAGAAUUUGAAGGAGAGCCAAAACCAACUGCUACAUGGACAAUAAAUGGAAAACCAUUUACAGGAACGUCCCAUGCUGAUUUAGACAACGAUAAAGAACAUUUGAGCUGUAUCACUAUUGGAGCAGCUGAACGUUCCGAUGCUGGAACUUACUCAAUUACUGUACAAAAUGAAUAUGGAACUGAUCAAGGCCAAUGUAAAGUUACUGUUUUGGAUGUGCCUGGACCUCCUCAAGGACCACUAGCUGCUAAAAAUAUUCAUAAGGAAGGAUGCACACUAAGUUGGUGCCCUCCCGAAGAUGAUGGUGGUGCUGAAAUUAUUGGAUAUGUAGUUGAAAAAAUGGACACAACAAGAGGUACAUGGCAAGAAGUUGGUCAAUUUCCUGACUGUGAGGCUAAAGUUGCAAAACUAAUUCCUGGAAAACAAUAUCUGUUUCGAGUGAAGGCAUUAAAUGUCUAUGGAGAAUCAAAACCUUUGGAGGGCGACAAGGCUAUAACUGCAAAAAAUCCGUUCGAUGUCCCUGAUCCACCUGAUGCACCAGAAAUUACUGACUAUGAUGAGACACGCAUUGAUAUUGGCUGGCGGCCUCCUGCAAACGAUGGUGGUGCCCCAAUUACUGGCUAUAUUGUAGAAAAACGAGAACGAGGUUCUCCAUUGUGGAUAGAAGUUGGACGUUGCCCUUCUACCUCAUUUUCUUGUACUGGAUUAAGAAAAGGUCAAGAAUAUGAAUUCCGUGUCAGUGCUGUUAAUGAAGCUGGACCUAGUGCUCCAUCUGACCCAUCAGCUUCACAAAUAUGUAAGGCUCGUUGGUUAAAGCCUGCAAUCAUCACUCAACAACGAAAAUGGAAAGUGCGGGCUGGAAAUACUUUAACUCUUGAUAUAGAGUUUGUUGGAGCACCUGAUCCAAGUGUUGGUUGGACUAAAGUUGAUGGCGGAGGAACACUUCCACCAGAAUUAAUUGUCGAUGUUCGCCGUCCUGGACAAACUUCCAUCUUCUUCCCAUCAGCAAAACGUUCAGAAAGUGGAGCUUAUGAACUUCGACUUAAAAAUGAAGUAGGAGAGGCUGAAGGAACUUUUGAAGUGCUAAUUCAAGACAAACCUUCUCCACCUAAAGGCCCGAUAGUUGUUGAUGGUGUUACAAAAGAUUCAUGUCAACUUAGCUGGAAACCACCCGAAGAUGACGGCGGUUCUCCUUUAACUAAUUAUGUUGUUGAAAAACGCGAAAUUGGCAGCAAUGUUUGGACACCUGUCUCUAAUUUUGUUCCAGGCUGUCAAUGUUCAGUUCCAAAGCUUAAGGAGGGACAAGAAUAUGAGUUCCGUGUUUGUGCCGAAAAUGCCUUGGGCCGUUCGGAUCCUUUAGUGACAGACUCUCCUGUUUUGGCUAAAGAUCCAUUUGGAAGGCCUGGAAAGCCUGGAAAACCUGACAUUACUGAUCAUGACAAUAAUUAUAUUGCUCUUAAAUGGAAACCACCAAAUGAUACUGGAGGAUCGCCUAUCACACAUUAUGAUGUACAAAGGAAAGAUCAGAAAACUGGACGUUGGAUUAAGGUUAAUACCCACCCUGUUUAUGGAACUGAAUAUACAGAUGAAAGAGUUCAACCGGGACAUGGAUAUGAAUAUCGCAUUGUUGCUGUAAAUAAAGCAGGUCCUGGUGAUCCUUCUGACCCUUCAGAUCUUGCUUGGGCCAAACCUAAAUUUGAGGCACCUCGUUUUGAAUUGGAUAUUGAUGGAAAAGAAAUUAGAGUUCGUGCAGGUCAACCACUUGAUCUUGCAAUUCCUUACAUUGGUUCACCUCAACCAACAAUAACUUGGACCAAAGAAGGGCAACAAAUGAGUGGAAUUGAAACAAAACCUGGAAUUACUCGCCUUUAUAUCCCACAAAGUAAACGCUCAGAUUCUGGUCAAUGCCGUAUAGAAGCUACUAAUGAGAAAGGGAAAGCAGAGGCUCGUGUUCUUAUUAAUGUUAUUGACAGGCCAGGACCACCUGAGGGACCAUUAACUUAUCCAUCAACAUCACGACGUGGAGUAACUCUUGCUUGGAAGCCACCCAAAGAUGAUGGUGGUGCUGAAAUAAGUGGUUAUCGAAUUGAAUAUCAGGAGAUCGGAGCAAGAGAAUGGGAACGUGUACCAGAACAAAUUACUUUGUUAAACUAUACUGUUAGAAAUUUGGAAAAGGGAAAAGAAUAUAAAUUCCGUGUGUUUGCCGAGAAUAUGGUUGGUCAAAGUGAUCCUCUCAAUGGAGAUCCUGUUACUGCUAAAGAUCCAUUUGAUCCACCCGGUCCUCCAUCAACACCAGAAAUAACUGCAUAUGACACAAAUAUGGUCGCUCUUCGUUGGAACCCACCACGCGAUGAUGGUGGUUCUCCUAUAACUGGUUAUAUUGUUGAACGUUUUGAGAAGCGUGGUGGUGGAGACUGGGCUCCUGUUAAAUCAUUAGGCAUUUGCCGUCUUACAUCAGCAAAUGUUACUGGAUUAGCUCAAGGUGAAACAUACCAAUUCCGUGUUCGAGCCGUAAACGCUGCUGGUGAGGGACCGCCGAGUGGUUCUUGUGAACCUGUUGAGUGUCGACCAUUUGUUGAACCUCCUGGUGCUCCUGAUAAGCCCCGAAUCGGCAAAGUAACCAAGCACACAGUUGAUUUGAACUGGAACAGACCACUAUCUGAUGGGGGAGCACCCAUCGAAGGGUAUAUCAUUGAACAACGUAAAAUGGCAGAGGGUGAAGAAUGGUGUCGCUCAAAUACGGGGCUUGGACCUGGGAAGAUGUGUAGAGAUACUCGUUGUACUGUAGAAGGCCUUCCAGAGAAAGAGCAAUUUGAGUUCAGAGUUAUAGCAGUCAACCGUGCGGGAGAAGGUGAACCAUCUAAACCUAGUGACAUGGUUCUGACUACUGAUCAACCUGGACGACCUAUACUCGAUCUAAGCGGUCUAAAAGACAUUACAGUGCGUGCCGGUGAAACGAUAACAUUUACUUUACCUUACUCCUCUGGAGGAGCUAGACCUACAGUUGAUGUACUAAAUGGAGGUCAAACAAUAUUUGAGGAUGAUAGAACUACAUUACAAGUGGAAGAUGAUAAAAUUAUUUUUACAACUUUGGCUUCUAAAAGAUCUGAUGCUGGCCCUUACAAAGUGGUUGUCCAAAAUCGUUAUGGCAAGGAUUCUGCCAAGCUGAACGUCAAUGUUCUUGAUGUGCCUGGUAAACCAACAGGACCAAUUCUCUUCUCUGAGUUAAGUGGAGAUGCUUGCACUUUAUAUUGGAGCCCUCCAAAAGAUGAUGGUGGUUCACCUGUUUCGAAUUACGUUAUUGAACGAAAGCCGGCCAAAGGUGGAGAUUGGGAAAGAGUAGGUGCACCAGCCGGUCUUUCCUUCCGAUGCCGUGGAUUGAAUCAUGGAGAGCGUUAUGAUUUCCGUGUUCGGGCAGAAAACGAGUACGGCGUUGGCGAGCCACUCGAUGCUGAUGAAUCGUUACUUGCCAAAGGAGCAUUUGACGUUCCAGGGCCUCCGGGAGCGCCAGAACCUAUUCAUACAGCUGAUGAUUCUAUUACUCUUGAAUGGACACGCCCACUUUAUGAUGGAGGUGCUCCAAUUACUGGAUAUAUUUUGGAUAAGAGGGAAGCUGGAAAAAAUGCUCCUUGGGAGAGAGCGGCUUUUGGAAAUGUUCCAGAAACUAGAUUUAAAGUGACAGGUGUAAAACCUCAGCACACCUACGAAUUUCGGGUUGCUGCUGUUAAUGCUGUUGGCCAAGGUGGUUGGAGCGAAAAUUCGGUUCCAAUUAUUGCCGCACCUCGUCCUUCUAAGCCUAUAAUUUCUAUGGGAAUGCUUGCCAGAGACAUGAUUGCUUUGGUAGGAGAUCCCGUCAAAAUUCUUGUGCCUUAUGCCGCCAGUCCAAAACCAGAAAUUACUUGGACAAAGAAUGGAUUGCCAUUUGAUGCCCAAGUCAGAACACGUUCUGAGAUUGAAAGUAGCGACUUUUUAACUCAAUUGAAUUAUCCAAAGUGUGAACGUGGUGAUACUGGUACAUAUUCUAUUAAAAUUGAAAAUGAUUUGGGCUCAGAUUCUGUCGAUCUCAAGUUGAAGGUUGUCGACAGGCCCUCACCUCCAGAAGGGCCACUUGAAUGUGACGAUAUUGGUCCAGAAUCUUGUAGAUUGGCAUGGAAACCACCUAAAGACGAUGGUGGAUCUCCUAUAACUAAUUAUGUUAUAGAGAAAUGCCGACUUAUUGGAGGACAAGAGAAUUGGGAAAGGCUUAGUUCAUUCGUUCGUGGCACAAAUACUUUAGUACCUGGUCUUGUAGAGAAUGAAAGAUAUAGGUUUAGAGUAUUGGCUGAAAAUCAAUAUGGACUUUCCGAUCCUCUAGAAUUGCCUGAACCGAUUGUUGCUAAAUAUCAGUUUUCCGUUCCUGGCCAACCAGAUAAACCAACAGUACGGGACUUUGACAGAAAUUGGGCUUUAGUUGAAUGGGAUCCUCCAGCUUCUAAUGGUGGCUCUAAAAUCUUGGGAUAUAAUCUCCAGUAUCGUGAUCAACACUCUCAUAAAUGGAUAACUGCCAAUAAAGCACUCAUUGAACAAUGCAAUUUCAAAGUGUCCAAUCUACGAGAUCAAGGGGAAUAUGAGUUUAGAGUUGUAGCUAAAAACGCCGCUGGUUGGAGCCGUCCCUCUCCUCCGAGCGACAAGAUACAACUUCGGCAACGUUACGGACCUCCUGGACCGCCCAUUCAAUUGCGUGCACAGACAAUUGGUCCAAACUGGGUGACGUUAACGUGGCAACCCCCAGCUGACGAUGGAGGCUGUAAAUUAGUUGGAUAUGUGAUUGAGAAACGUGAAUUCGGUCAUCAACAAUGGGAAAUGGCAACACCGGAAACGACUCCUCUCACUGAGUUCACCGUUCCUGGACUCAAAGAAUUCCAUGAUUACGAAUUCCGUGCUAUAGCUCUCAAUUCACAUGGACGGGGUCUUCCAUCGUUGCCUACAUCGCCAAUUAAAAUACAAGAAACAGCUGGGUGUAAACCAACAAUUGUAGUCAAACCGGAAGAUGUUGCAUGUCCUUACAACAAAAGAGCCGUGUUAACCUGUGAGGCUGUUGGACGCCCAAAACCAACUGCCAGAUGGUUGCGCAAUGGAAGGGAGAUACCCGAUGGAGCUCGUUAUAGAGUAGAGGACAAUGGAGAAGGGCUUUAUAAAUUAAUAAUAAAAGAAGUUUGGGAUAUUGAUGGUGGUGAUUAUACUUGUGAGGUGUCCAACGUUUUCGGCGUGGAUACAGCAACAGCCAGCCUUAAAGUCCAAGCACCUCCAGUUAUUGAAAAACAAGUACCAAAUGCUGUAUAUCCCGCUGGUGAUAUGGUUCGUAUCAAAAUUUUCUUUUCUGGCUCACCUCCAUUUACUCAUCGAUUCACACUUAAUGGCAUUGAAUUAAAUCCUGAUGCAGCAAAUAUUAGAUGGGUUGAUUUCGAUGACCAUGUUUUACUCACCAUUCCUGAAUUACGGGCACAUGAAGCAGGACGUUAUGAAUAUCAGGUCAAAAACGAGAGUGGAGAGGCUAGCACUGGCUUCUGGCUAAAUGUUAGUGGACUCCCUUCGGUGCCAGAGGGUCCUCUCCAAAUCACCGACAUAGGAGAACAUCAAUGCACUGUCUCUUGGCGACCACCUGCCCACGAUGGUGGUUCUCGUAUUACAAAUUAUGUUUUGGAAAAGAGAGAUUUGAGAUCUGCUGAAAGUGAUACAUGGGUUACUGUUGCCUCAGCUGUCAGAGAACUCUCUUUUAUUGUUGCUGGACUCUUUUCCGGACAUGAAUAUGACUUUAGAGUUUCUGCUUGUAAUGCUAAUGGGCAGGGACCAGCAUUAAAUUCUGACAAACCUGUGAUUGCCCGCCUACCUUUUGAUCCGCCUGGACCACCUCUCCUCCCUGGAGUUGUAGACGUUGGCCCUGAAUAUGCAGUACUUAGUUGGCAAAGGCCAGAACGUGAUGGAGGUGGCCGAAUUCGUGGAUAUAUGGUCGAGAAAUGUGAACAAGGCACUGAACUUUGGCAAAAAUGUACACAAGCCCCCUCCCCUUCUACUUCUCUAAAUGUUACAAAUCUCAUUGAUGGACGCUCAUAUAACUUCCGAGUUGUUGCUGUAAAUGAUGCUGGAGAAUCAACUCCAGCUUUGGUUGAAAAUUACGAAUUCAGUCCAGAUUCUAAAGGAAGGGCCCCUGAAAUAAUUGGGUCUUUACGUGAUCAACACGGAACAGCAGGAGGGACAGUUUCCUUUGAAUGUGAAAUCGGAGGAUCUCCGAAACCAGACAUUCACUGGUUUAGAGGAAGUAGAGAAUUAGUAGAUACACCAAAAUGUACAUUAAUUGAUAAAGGAACAAAACAAGUUUGUAUUGUCAAUAAUUUACAUCCAGAAGAUGAAGAUGAAUAUACUUGUAGGGCUACAAAUCAAUUUGGCACAAGAUCCACAAGGGCGCAAUUGAAAUUGAGCACAAAACCUCGUUUACUCGUUCCACCCAAAUAUUUUAUGGGAUUGGAAGUUGAAGCAGGCCACAGUAUUGAAUUACGUAUUCCAUACAAAGCAUAUCCUCCGGUUAAUUCGACCUGGACUGCUUUAAGUUUUGAAGAAGAAAGGCAACUUUCUAGUGGUGGACGUUAUGCUUUACAAACAGAUGAAAAAAUAAUUCAAUUAAGAAUUUCUGAUUGUACUAGAGCAGAUGCUGGGGAAUAUAGAAUAUUUGCAAAUAAUUCUGUUGGCUCUGAUUCUGCAAUUAUUAAAUUGGUUGUUUUAGACAAACCUGAACCUCCCAGAUUCCCUAUUGUGGAAAAUGUUCUUGACGGUGCAGCCAUUCUUUCUUGGAAGCCACCAGCACUCGAUGGAGGCGCUCUUAUUACAAAUUAUAUUGUUGAAAAACGUGAAUCUGGUGGUCAAUGGAAACAAUGUGCUCGGUCCCGUUUUUGUUAUUUAACAAUUGAAGGAUUAAAAGCAAAGGAGAGCUAUGAAUUUAGAAUUAUUGCUGAAAAUAAACAUGGACUCUCAGAACCUAGUGAAGCAACACAAUCAUGUACAAUUCCUGAAUCUCGAGUCAAAAGAAUCAACUAUGAAGGUGCUGCUAUUAGUAAUGGAGUAGGGGUGUCUAUUGCCCGAGCCUCCUCCCAUGCCUCCUCUUCCUCCUUUUCAAUGUUAAAUUCCCAUUCAUCUUCAUUACUAACUACUGGAGUUAAUGCAUUAAAUACAAGCAAAACAUUCUCUAGUUUGGCUGUUUCUUCAAGUGGAGCAUAUAGCCGUUCUAGUAGAAGUCCAUCUCCAAGAUUAAGUACUUUUAGUAGUACUAGACAAAGCAGAUAA